ACCGCGCUCUCUCACAGCGAGUGAGAUACUACGAAUCUGAAUACAUGUGUGACUUACAAUUAGACCCUACCAACUCCGCUUUGUCCCAGCCUCCCAGGACCGCUGCCCAAAUCCGGCGAUCUAUGGCUCGAAAUUGCUUUGUUCUACAGCUAGGCCAGUUCGCGAAAUGCCGAGCGUCCGGCCACAGUCACGAGCAGAGGUCAGCUCUUCUCGCGUUCCUCGAUCUUGCACUUUCAUUUCUCCCAUCGCGAUGAACCCCAACGCUCCCUCUUUCGUUCCUCAUGCCCGUCUACGAGAAUCUGUUACGCCUAGAGCACGUCCCCUUUCGAUCUCAAAACCAAAAGCAAAACCGGCACGACCCAAUGGUACCGCCACGCUGUACAACCCACCGGAGACCUUGCUCCAGCCCACGAUACCAAGGCUCAACUCAGCGACGGUAGAGGCUCGGCAGCGCCUGCUGCAAAGCCUACUCUCCACGCGCUCCGAGAGCGUCACGCCACGCCCGACGCCUCCCUCCGCUUUAGCACAUGUACCGCCUACCCGGCCACAUUUAGCACCCAUGGCAACACCUGCACCGGAGCCACCUCCAACACCGUUCAACGAACCUCCACCUGCACUACUGGCGCUCUUCAGCGCUAUCCAGGAUGCAAGGGCCACCGCACCUCCGAGCACGCCCACGCCCGUACCCGCCUCCUCCGCCUCCUCCGCCCAGUUGCUCUCGGCCCUCGCGCGAGUCGAGACGCGACUCUCGCAGAUGAUCGCGCAACGGCUUGAAGGGGAGGCACAGGCCCGGCGGGGCACGCCUGUGUGGGAAGUGCACCUCUUCGAGUCGUCGCGCUGGUGGAAGGUCCACGCUGAGCUUCUUCGGCUCUCGCAUGAUGUGUACGAAGACCCGUCAGACGAGAUGAGAAGCGUGUUCGAGCGCAGGCUUACCUGGCAGUUGUGCAUGAACAUGCCUGGCGAGGCGGGGGAGAAAACCAGGUCCGAACUUGAGAAGUCCACUUGAGAUGGUUGUUCGUCGCCUGUCGUGUGCUUGUAGAUAUCUUGUAUACGUAUGAUCCUUCCAUCCACCCCAUUACUGACGCGCAAGGGCCAGAUCGUCGUCGUUAUCUACUCACCAGCUGUUAU